AUGAGCAGCGACAUCCCGGGAGCGGUGAGUCCCGACAGCCGCGUGCCGAGAGCUUUCCUUGGAUUCCUGUGCUCAGGGCAGCUCUGUGCGGAGGACGUGUGCGUGUUCAAGUGCGCCGUGUCGCGCGACACCGAGUGCAGCCGCGUGGGCAAGCAGAGCUUCAUCGUCACGCUGGGCUGCAACAGCGUCCUCGUGCAGUUCGCCACGCCGGCCGACUUCUGCUCCUUCUACAACAUCCUCAAGAACUGCCGCGGGCACAACACGGAGCGCUCCGUGUUCAGCGAGCGCACGGAGGAGUCCUCGGCCGUGCAGUACUUCCAGUUCUACGGGUACCUGUCGCAGCAGCAGAACAUGAUGCAGGAUUACGUGCGGACGGGCACCUACCAGCGCGCCAUCCUGCAGAACCACAGCGACUUCAAGGACAAGGUGAGCCGCGUUCCCCCCUGUGGCUCUGCCAAGGUGCCCCCUAUAGCCCCCUAUAGUCCCUAUGGCCUCCUAUAGCUCCGUGGCUCUGCCAAGGUGCCCCUUAUAGCCCCUAUAGCCCCCUAUAGCCCCACGGCUCGUGACGCCGCCCGUCCCCAGGUGCUGGUGAAGAGCAACAACCUGACGGAGCGGAUCGUGGUGAUUCCCGGGAAGGUGGAGGAGGUGUCGCUGCCGGAGCAGGUGGACGUCAUCAUCUCGGAGCCCAUGGGCUACAUGCUGUUCAACGAGCGCAUGCUGGAGAGCUACCUGCACGCCAAGAAGUACCUGAAACCCAGCGGGAACAUGUUCCCCACCAUCGGCGACGUCCACUUGGCGCCCUUCACCGACGAGCAGCUCUACAUGGAGCAGUUCACCAAGGCCAAUUUCUGGUACCAGCCGUCCUUCCACGGCGUGGACCUCUCGGCGCUCCGAGGAGCAGCCGUGGACGAGUAUUUCAGGCAGCCCGUCGUGGACACCUUCGACAUCCGGAUCCUGAUGGCCAAGUCGGUCAAAUACACGGUGAACUUCUUGGAAGCCAAAGAGGGCGACUUGCACAGGAUAGAAAUCCCCUUCAAGUUCCACAUGCUGCACUCGGGGCUGGUGCACGGCCUGGCCUUCUGGUUCGACGUGGCCUUCAUCGGCUCCAUGUAA